GCCCUCCCUCUGUUUUCUGGACUGCCUACCAUGCGCAGCCUGAGCCGCUGAGUGCAGGUCAGCGGGCGCUGAGAAAUGGACCAAUUUUGACAAGAUGUAGUGCGACAGCACUUCUGGUUGGACAUGUUCAGUCAUGGCAUCCGAACUCUGUAAGACGAUCUCUGUGGCCAGGCUUGAAAAGCACAAGAAUUUGUUCUUAAAUUACAGGAAUCUGCACCAUUUUCCAUUGGAGUUACUGAAAGACGAGGGGCUGCAGCACCUGGAGAGGCUCUAUAUGAAAAGGAACUCCCUCACAACCCUGCCAGAAAACCUUGCUCAGAAGCUUCCAAACCUGGUGGAACUGUACCUUCACUCAAAUAACAUAGUUGUGGUCCCAGAAGCCAUCGGGUCCCUUGUGAAACUCCAGUGUCUGGAUCUCAGUGACAAUGCCUUAGAGAUCGUUUGCCCAGAAAUUGGUCGUCUGAGAGCGUUGCGUCAUCUUCGCUUAGCUAAUAACCAGCUACAAUUCCUACCUCCAGAGGUUGGCGAUUUGAAGGAGCUGCAGACACUAGACAUUUCUACCAAUCGUUUGCUAGCUUUACCCGAGAGGCUUCACCUGUGCCUUUCUCUGCAGUACCUCACUGUGGACCGCAAUCGGCUAUGGAGUGUGCCGCGUCAUCUCUGCCAACUGCCCAGCCUCAAUGAGCUCUCCAUGGCUGGAAACCGUCUUGCAUCUUUGCCAGUUGAUUUAGGUCGCUCUCGGGAACUGCAGUAUGUGUAUGUGGAUAACAACGUCCAGCUGAAGGGCCUGCCCUCAUACCUCUACAACAAAGUCAUCGGCUGCAACGGCUGUGGCAUCCCCAUCCAGUUGUCCGAGGUGAGGCUGCUGACCUUCUCAUCUGGGCAGCUAACCGUCUUCCUCCCAGCAGAGGUGAAGGCAAUAGGCACAGAAAAUGAUCGUGUCCUGCCUCUGCAAGAACUGACCAUGCGGAGUCUCUACCGCACCUACCACAGGCUUUGGAAAGAUCUGAACUUUUUGUCUCCAAUCUCAUUACCCAGAAGUCUCCUGGAGCUGCUGCACUGCCCCCUGGGGCACUGUCACCGGUGUAGUGAGCCCAUGUUUACCUUUGUCUAUCCUAAGCUCUUCCCCUUGAGAGAGACGCCGAUGGCAGGCCUGCAGCAGAGGAGGACAAGCAUUGGCUUCGUGGCUUACUGCUGCUCCACCCAGUGUCUGCGGACUUUUAACCUGCUGUGUUGAUAAACACUCAAGAGCCUUAGGAGCACUGCCAGCUCAGCCACGACAACUGCCUGCCAUCGCCCAGCGUGUGCUGCCAGCCGGCCAGCCGGGCCAGGAGAGUCCAGCCAGGCAGGACAGACCCUUCCAUCCUGCCCUGUCCUGUCCUGUUCAGAGGAGGGGCAUGCCGAACUCUCUGGAAAUGUCCUGAGUGGGCUUCACAACUAAAAGGCCUUCACCUUUCCCUCAAGUUGGAAUAUAUCCUCCCCCAAAUUAAGGACAUUUUGUCUUCUGUGUUUUUCUUUGUAUGUGAGUGUGUCUCAUAUAUAAACUUAGUCAGAUGAGCUUCCCCACAUCUAACUUAAAGUGAGCUGCAGUUCCCUGAAGAACUCUUAAUUUGAUAAUAGAACCAAAUUAACUGUUGGAUGACAUACCUUUGGUGAUGAUCCUCUGUCUUUCCCCAGAGGAUGAUGUCCCUUGAGAUUAUUCUCGUGAGUUUCUCCAUUGGAAACUUGUCAGUUUCUAGACUCUCUGCAACCCCUAUGGCCUCAGCAGCUGGCAUAGCAGGGCAGGGCAGGGCGCCCGGGCUGGAGCGGUUAGGCUCCCACAGAGGCUCAGCCAGCUCCAGAGCACACACCCUCUGGAAAGUUCCUGUCUCAUUUCUAAGUUUUGCAACCUAUGAAGACAUUUUUUGAGAGGGAUUUAAAAAAAAUGUAGACACUAAUUAAAUAUACUUUUGUUCUAAACUA